GCAGGCGGCAUGCGGGCCGGAGCAGCCACCGGCCGGGCGCACCGACGCCGCCGCGGGCACGCCUGAGCGGGCAGACGGGCGGCAGGGGCCGCGGGAGCGAGCGAGGAGGCGCGGGGCCCCCGCGGAGCGCGCCAUGGACGGCCCGGACAACGCCACCCUGCGCGCGGACCGCGCCACCCUGCCCCCGGACGCGUCCUCGCUGCUGCCGGGCAACCUCACCCUGGCUCCCGGCGCCCUGUCGCCUCCCUCGGGCGCCUCCAGCCCGGGCCCCGAGCUCAGCCUGUCCCCGGGGCCGGGCGUCUCCUUCAGCCCCGAGCCCACCCUGACCCCGGCGCCCGCGGGCGGCGUGGGGGGCCAGGGCUCGUCCGCCUUCCCCCGGCCCUGGGUCCCCCACGAGCCCCCUUUCUGGGACACGCCGCUCAACCACGGGCUCAACGUGUUCGUGGGCGCCGCCCUGUGCAUCACCAUGCUGGGCCUGGGCUGCACCGUGGACGUGAACCGCUUCGGGGCGCACGUCCGGCGGCCCGUGGGCGCGCUGCUCGCCGCGCUCUGCCAGUUCGGCUUCCUGCCGCUGCUGGCCUUCACGCUGGCCCUCGCCUUCAAGCUGGACGAGGUGGCCGCCGUGGCCGUGCUCCUGUGCGGCUGCUGUCCCGGCGGGAACCUCUCCAACCUCAUGUCCCUGCUGGUGGACGGCGACAUGAACCUCAGCAUCAUCAUGACCAUCUCCUCCACGCUCCUGGCCCUGGUGUUGAUGCCCCUCUGCCUCUGGAUCUACAGCCGGGCUUGGAUCAAUACCCCGCUGGUGCAGUUACUCCCCCUCGGGGCCGUCACCCUGACUCUCUGCAGCACCCUCAUCCCCAUCGGGCUGGGCGUCUUCAUCCGCUACAAAUACAACCGGGUGGCCGACUACAUCGUGAAGGUUUCCCUGUGGUCCCUGUUAGUGACUCUGGUGGUUCUUUUCAUCAUGACUGGCACCAUGCUGGGCCCCGAGCUGCUGGCGAGCAUCCCUGCAGCUGUUUACGUGGUCGCCAUCUUUAUGCCCCUGGCAGGCUACGCCUCGGGCUACGGCUUAGCCACCCUCUUCCACCUCCCGCCCAACUGCAAGCGGACGGUGUGCCUGGAAACAGGAAGUCAGAACGUGCAGCUCUGCACGGCCAUCCUCAAGCUGGCCUUCCCGCCGCGCCUCAUAGGAAGCAUGUACAUGUUCCCCCUGCUGUACGCCCUCUUCCAGUCCGCGGAAGCGGGGGCUUUCGUCUUAGUCUACAAGAUGUACGGGAGCGAGAUGCUGCACAAGCGAGAUGCCCCGGAUGAGGAUGAGGACACGGAUAUUUCCUACAAGAAGCUGAAGGAAGAGGAGAUGGCAGACACCUCCUAUGGCGCCGUGGGGGCGGAUGACUUGAUGAUGAUGGAAACCACACAGACCUCGCUCUGAACCCGGAGAUGCUCGGGAGCCUGUGCCUGGCCGAGAGAGCACUUCCUGCCUGCGACGUCGCGGUGGUGCGGACGGCUCACAUCCAGGAGGAGCACGGAUUCACGCUUCCUGUGACAGAUUUGCUCUCUUCCCCCCCCCCCCC